AUGGAUGUACCCUGCGACCCAGGGGUUCCACACUCGGGCCUUCACCGGUUCAAGAACAUAUGGGUCGGGUCUGCCGCCUUCUCCGCCCUCACAUGCUUCAAUCCCUACAUGUGGCAAACCUGCAAUCAAUUCAAUUGGCAUGACAAAGCAAUGCUAUUUGAGCAAUAUCACCGGGAGAAGAAACAGCCUUACAAAUUUAAGUGGAAUCAGAUGGACAAAGAUGUACGAGACUCGUACUACUUCAACAGCCCUGUUUACUUCCCCUAA